GACAGCUGAUAAGUGAUAAUAAUUCUGAAAAUAAAUAAAUAUACAAAUAUUUAUAAAUUAAUUAUUUAGUGGCUGGCUGCAUUAAUGGUAGAAAAUUGGCUAUAUUUUACAUAAAAUGCUAGGUGGUGUAAGAUUAAAAGUAUCAUUUACCCAUGAAAGAUCUUGUUUUGCAUACAUAAGUCCAAAAUAUAGCAGUAACAAUGAACAAUCACAAACUAUACAAGUAUUGUAUAAAGAGAAGCAGCUCUUACUCUGGGUGGUGUUCAACAGCAACACUCCGGAGGGUUACAUAUCCUGUAAUCCGUUACAUUGCAAGCUGCUGGGGUUGGACGAGGGUGCGGAGGUGUUUGUGUCUCCGUAUGGUGAUGUGAAAGUGCUGGACGAGUUGUAUAUUGAUACGGAUAGUUCGGAUGAUCAGGAAAUAUUGGAGCAUAAUGCUGAUGUCUUACAAUUAAGAAUACUAGACCAAGUGAGGCUUGUUGUAGCGAAUCAAAAAUCUGUUGUAUGGGUCUCAACAUCACUACCUAUUAUAUUUGUGCCUAAACAAACUGGCUUGCUUGUAAACCACAGCAGAAUUGUAGUCAAAAUAGAUGCCUUUAACACCUUCCAUGCCCGUAGAGACACCAUGGACACUUUGCCACAGGAAAAAAAGACAUUCACUAACAUAGGCAUAAUAAAUCAAGCUUUAUUAAAGCCAUAUCUCAAUGUACCAAAGAAACUAGUUUUAAGAGCACUACCGUUGGACAGUGAUGCAAAAAAUGUUAAGAAUUUAAUACAUCCAUACACAGUAUUUAUACAUGAAGACUUAAUUGGUGACUCCUACAAAGAAUGGACUGUUAUAUUAGCUACAAUGCAGAAUAUCCCUUCUAUAAUACAGAAUGAUAAUGAAAAUGAGGUGAAUUUAAUAGAUUUGUGUGUGGAAAUAGUUCCAAUUGAUAAUGUUGUGUUUCGAAGUCUUUCACAUGAAGUGUAUAACAGAAAUAUACCCACAGUAUUAAUUCCCAAGUCCUUAAACACUAUUAUAAAUAUAGAGAACGGAUCAAAGAUAAUUUUUACAAUUGUCGGUGAUUCAGCUGAACAACCAGACCAUAUAGAUAUAAUAACAUAUUCGGACCAACCACAGUCAGAAAUGGAAGUCAUAGAGCGAUUUAAGAAGUGUGUUGUAGAAAACACACAUUACGGCAAAAAGUUUUUAAUAAACGACGACAUGGUGAAACAAAAUACGCAUAUAUCGAGUGGGUUUUUGAAGUUUAAGUUAAAGCCAGAGAAGUUAAAGUAUACAAUGUUGAAUUCAGAGUCGUUCAGACAGUGUUCAGUGUCUGCUAAAUGUUUAAAAGAUACGGAUUUUGAAGCACCUAAAUUGGCCUUAACAACAUUGGAGUAUGAUGAUAGGAACUAUUGUAGGUCGAUAAAAUGUAUACAGGGUUUAGUGGAAAAAGUGCUAGAUCAUGUAUAUUUUGAAAUACAUAGAGAAGCGAGUUUUAAAGGUUCAUCGGAUAUUAAGAGUAAUGUUUUAGUUACUGGUCUCAACGGGCGCGGCAAAACGUCAAUAUGUCACAUGGUCCAAAAGGACCUGACUCUAUGGUCUCACAUACUCCACUGCAGAUCUCUAAAAGGCAGAAAGGAUAUACCAGAAGUGUUAGCGAAGGCUAUACUAAUGUGCCAGGAACAUAGUCCAGCGGUGUUGAUUUGUGAUGACGUGGAUGCGUUGGUACUGCCUGAUGUGGAGGGUGCUUCGCCCCAGGACAUUGCGUAUUAUCAACGUUUAGCAGUAACCAUCAAGCAAUUGCUCCAAUCGUGCACAGGCGUGUGUGUGCUAAUGACGUCACUUUCGAUGAAGUCACUCCACCCCGUGUUGAGAGAAUUUGGCGGGAAACCAUUGUUUACUGCGCAUUUUGAUAUACCUAUGUUGGAUCAAGAUGAAAGAUCCGAACUAUUCAAGCAUUUGCUCAACAACAAAAUACGGGAAGCGUUCACGAUAGAGGACGAUGACGUCAUCAAGAUGGCGAUGGACACGGCGGGAUCCAGUGUUCGAGAUAUUGUCGAUUAUUUGAAUAAGAAGAUAUUUAAAGCUGUUAAGAAAAAAACAUCUACCCCACGGCCACGACUCGUAGAAGAUAUAACGAAAGAUAGUGAGAAAGCGAAAGAUUUUGAUAUUUGGGGCCCUCUGGGGGGCAUGGAGGAUGUAAAGCAGCAGCUCACUGAGUGCUUGUUUUGGCCCAUUAUGUACCCAGCAUUAUUCCCCUCAGCACGUUGUGGGAUCCUCCUAUAUGGACCACCAGGUUCUGGUAAAUCCCACAUCGGUUCAUGUUUAGCUCGGUUACCGCACGCACUGCUCGCUGUGAAGGGACCAGAGUUACUGUCCAAGUAUAUAGGGCAGAGUGAAGCCGCAGUACGGGAUAUAUUCGAUAGGGCGGAUAUGCAACAUCCUUGUAUCCUAUUCUUCGAUGAAUUCGACAGUCUUGCACCUAGACGAGGUCACGACUCAACGGGAGUAACCGACCGCGUAGUGAAUCAACUCCUGGCCCGAUUGGACGGAGCGGAGGGCGGGUCGCGGGGCCCGGUGCUGGUGGCCACGUCGCGGCCCGACCUGCUCGACCCGGCGCUGCUGCGGCCCGGACGGAUUGAUCGACAUGUGUACUGCGCACUGCCGGAUGUGGACGGUCGUCACGAAGUACUAAAGACACUAUCACAAGAGGUGACCCUCAAUACUGACGUGGACUUACGGACCCUCGCUGAGAGGACGGAGGGCUUCUCGCCAGCUGACCUCAAGUCGUUGUUAGUCACAGCACAACUUGGAAGGCUUGAGAGCCAAUUGGUAAAUAGUGACAACGGAAGGAUGGAAUCCAUUGUCGUGUCUACAGAGGAUAUAGAGAGUGCGCUGGCUGAAACUAAGCCAUCUUUAUCACCAGAACAAAGGGCGUACUAUGAUGCCAUAUACAAGAGGUUCCGGGGCGAACCACUAUCUUUAGACCAGAAUGCAAUAGCGCAACAAAUGUUCAAGCAAAGAGUCACUCUAGCAUAAAAAAAAAACUUUUAAAACUUUUUCAUACCAUCCGAUACAUACAUAAAGUAUCCGAUACGAUGUCGUGUUCGAUUUAUCGGAUGGUGUAGAACGCUUCUAUUGACUGACUUUUUCGUGUUGUAAAAUUAUGUAGAUAACUAGAUAGCAAAUAUUCUGUCUCUUUUUGCUUUGACUGGUAUGAAAUAGCAAUAUUAUUGUGUAAUUUAUAUACAAAAAAUCAUCGCUUUAUGCAAUAAAAUAAUUUACCCUAUAAAUUUUCAUUAGAUAAAUAAAAUAAAAGAUAUUGUUUGAAUACCUUUCAUUGGUGCAAGUAACAAAAGCAAUAAACAUUGGACUAAACUUAUAACCAUUCCAUAUUUAAGUGAUGUUGUAAAAAUUUAU